UGGUACUGUAUAUCAAACUAUCAAGUCUAAUUGUCAUGUUUUCAUUUCAAAUUCUACUGUGAAUUUAAUUUGAAGAGAAGUGUACAUUGACUUGUUGACUCCGUCUCCUUAUUAAAGUUAUUUUCCUGUUAUUUCAUGGACUGCUGCCUGGUGUGGACGCUCCUCCUCCUCCCUGUUGAUCCUGUAGACAGUCGCUUUUCCUCCUCCCUCUUUGUUUUCUCUUCCUCCUCAUACCUGUCUGUCGUCAGUGAAACCUGGGAAUGUUGGGAACGACACCAAACUCCUGCUCACUGCAUCUGUCACUGGGAUACUGCUGGAUACAGAGUAGUUAAGAUCUUACGGAAGGCAGACUAUCAGGGAGGAUGAACCGCUCCACGGUGAGCUGCCUGAAGAGUCUGGUGGUGAUGCUCCACUUCCUCUGCUGGCUGUGUGGUGCCUUCGUGGUGGCCUUUGGGGAGUUCCAGAUGGUGCACUCCAGGUACCCCUCUCUGGUCACCACCUUCUUGCCCAUCUACCCCUCCAACACCCUGGUGGUCACCGGCACCAUCGUCACCUGUGUGUGUUACCUGGGAGUGCUGGGAGGCAUGAAGGAGAACCGCUGCAUGCUCAUUUCGUUUUUCAUCCUGCUGUUCAUCCUGAUGCUGGUGGAGCUGGCCAUGGCCUGUGUGUUCCUGGUCUACAGCAGAGAGAUUGACACGUACUUUGAGAGAGAUCUGAUGCGAAGCUUGGAGAUCUACAGAGAUUCCAGUCCAGAAGGCAAUCAGACCAUCAAGGAUGACUUCGAUGCUGUUCAGUACCGGUUCAGGUGCUGUGGAGUUCAUGGUGUGGCAGACUGGGAGGGGCAUGUUCCGAUCUCCUGCUGUACUAUAGACCCCUGCAACAACCCCAACCACCCCAACUGGGAAGAGGGUUGUCUUGAGAAACUGAGGGACUGGUUUGCCAGAAAUUACCUCAGCACAGGGGCAGGAGUGGUCACAAUGUUCAUCAUACAGUUUGUUUGCCUGUCUGUCACCAUCCCUCUCUUUUGCCACUUCAGUCGACAAGGACUGGGUUACCAGUAAAAAGAACCGGCAAAAUGGUUUCUGGAAGUAGCAGCUCUCUCUCAACUCUCCACAUUAACGGAAUUCUUUUCCGUGUGUUAAAUAUUUAUUGAUCUCUUCUGAAUAGCCAAAGUCCUGCUGCUAUUAGCAGCCAUUAAAAAAAUAAUUAAGGGAGUAAAAUGUGAGGGUGGCUCAUGAGAUUAUUACUGUUAAUGAUGCCUGUAGAUGACAGAUAUGGAGACAUUUCAUUGGUGGAUAAGUCAUGACAUGAUCAUGUUGGACCUAAUUCACAAAGACCCCAAACUAUGGUCCCCCACAGAGUGCUAAACAAGAUUAUAUUCAUUACUUUAGACGUCUGCUAUUCCCUAAACACUUGUAAUCGUCCCUCUUCCCCAGUAAUAACUACAGCCUAAAUCUGCUCCUGUUUUUCAACUUGCUGCUCCUUCUGUAAUUCAAACCCUGUCCGACAGUGUGUCCUUGUAUUUACAAUAAGUCUCUGAGAUUUUAUUUUCCCUUGUCGUGCAUUUUGUCAGCUCUGUGUGAAGUUUCUGAUGGAAGAAUGUUCAGAGCAAAUAGGAACCAAUCUAGUGAUGGAUCUGACACAGAAACAGAUUCAAACUGAGAAGGGAUCUGCACCUCAGACUAGCUGUUGUAAUUUAUCUACAGGCAGGUAUUGUUAUGUUCUGUUGAGCCCUGUUUUAGCCAAAGGUUAUGUUGACUUAUCCAGUAGCAGUUCCUGUUGGUCAUGUAUCAAUGCAUCUACAGACGGUUGGUAAUGAAUUACUGUAAUAAUGAAGAAAACCUAAACAUGUCAUCAUUUAAAAGUUCUGAAACAUUUAGGGUUUUUUUCUGAUUUCUGAGUGUUCAUUUCUGUUACAAACCACAUCAUGUAUCCUGUGUCAGAAAUGUAAAGUCUCGCUCAUGCUGUUAGUAUCUGAUAUAAUGUAGAUGGAACUAAAUUCUCCUGCUUUGUUUGUUUGUAUAUUUUGGAUUUUGAGGUUUCACUUGUUUUGAGCAGCUGGAAAUUACUUGUAAACUUGUAAGUCCUGAGUGUGAUAAAGUGGCAUUUAUGCUGAUUUGUGAUGUUUGAUCUGUUCAGCCACACUGCAUACAUUUUUUGGCAAAGCUGAUUUUGGAGCUUCUAAGGUGAAAAAAGACAGUUUCUGCAUCUGGCAUGCUAUUGACGGACAAUUUUCAGAUUUUAAAUUGCAUUUUAAAUUAUGUGUUUGAUUCUAUCCUACAUAUACGCAUGUAUUUUCUGUUUAUUAUAGACUGACUGUUUGUCUCUCAGUGUUGUAUUUCCAAUAAGGUUUAGUGCUCUCUUCUGAAGUUCUUUUACAUAUGGAUAUUUCCUCCUACGCACCUGUCUACAGGACAUUAUGAGCCUUCACAGUCUACUUUUCAUUAACAUGAGAAUGCAUUAUUAGUACAUCAGUAGUAAUGGUCCUUCAGCGCAGCAGAGCGGUAUGAGCUGGCCCUGUAUGGCACGCUGUAAACCUGAACAUAAAUAAGUUAUGCAAUAAAGUCGUCUGAGGUUCA